AUGCCACAAGGAGAAGCAGAAAGAUUUCGUAACGAAAACAAAGCGCUCAAGACAACUGUAUAUGUAGUCUGUGCUUUAAUGCUGCGUUUUCUGCCCAUGGCAUUACGACUUGUUAUUCACCUGAUGAAACGACCAGAAAUUAUUUCCUCGCUAUGGGUCCGCACAUUUGCCAUGUUAAAUUCCUUAUUAAAUCCGUUGAUUUACUGCUGUAGACAAGAAGAAAUAAGAAACUUUGUUUUUAAAACAAGAACGCAAGCCGUGCAACCCCACUGACUUAAAACAAUGUAUCUGUUGACUCUUAAAGUCUUCUCAAGUUAUUAGGUGAGUUAGGAGACGGAAAGCUGUAGGAAUGCCUGCACUUUUCAAACGUCGUGCUUCUGCCGUGCGUAACUCAAUUCAUAAUAAAUUAUAAAUACAUUAGAAAGCGGUUUAAAGUUCAUUAAACCGCUUUCUUUUUUAAUUUAUGCUUUCGGCAAAAGCUACUUUAUUCGACUAACUUAAAUUUGAGGUCUGAAACCAAGUCGUUCUACAGUCGUGCUGAAUUUAAAAAGUCGAGCCAGGAAGUUCAAAAAAGGACUACAUGGACGCAUGAAACCCCUGAGCUCAGGGUACUCAGGAUCAGCCUGAAACAUCGAUCGAGCAUGCGCCUGGGUAUGUUUUCCAGAAUAACUUAGGCCAGUGUAUUUUUCCUUAAAAAUUUUAGUUACAUUCAGGAAGAUUUAAGGGAAAUGUUACGGGUAUAAUUUUGCCUCCCCUCCCACCCAACCCAGACAAAACCUCUUCCUCAGAGGCUGUAAUUAAUGAUGACUAACGGCAACAAAAUGUAUCAAUCGCUUACCGAAUUACUUUUAAAUCAAUAUGUUCUUUUUUUACCAUUUGUAGUUUGACUGGGUAAAUCUUAGCUAAUCUUUGUUGAGAUCAAAGGAAUAUAUAUUUGGUAGGCAUUGGCUUAGUCAAAGCAGGUGUCACUUAGAACAAAAGAAUCGUUGUUUAAGAAUUGAUGAGCAAAUUAAAGUAACUACAACGUAACAAAACAUAUCUUGAUACGAAUUACCAGCUUAAUGUAUUCUACGGAGUUCAACAACAUACGCUUUAUACAAAAAUUUUGUCUUACCUUUUAUUUUGCAGCAGAUAUCCUCGAAAUAAUUUUUUAUUUCAGAAUACCUUGUACUUUAAAAGGUAAUUUUAAUUUGUUCUAGUACUUUGUUAUAAUUUCUUUCUUUUCAACUAAAACAUGCAUGCGUCCUUUUGAGAACUGAUUUGCUUUGCUGCAACUUUAGAAUAAAGUAAUCUUUUAACUAGUUUCAUGUUAUGGUGAAAUAUUUUACUGAUCAUUUACAGCCAUACAUUAGACUGACUUAAAUAUAUUCAAAUCCUAAAUGCUUUUCGAUUUGGCUUACAGAAGCUUUAAGAUAUUACCUUUAUUUUUGCAAGUUAAAAAAGGGGUACUUAUUUGUAAGUUAAAAUUUUUCGGCGAAGUUUUGCUUCAGGUAACAACGAUAUUCUUAGUCAAUUUUUGACUGUAAGUUGUAUUCAUCCAUCGAUUUUAAUGCGACCCAUCUCUUUUUGAUCAGCUGCCAUUAAAGUAUAAAGUUAUAAACCUGUCGAUAUUUCGGGAACAGUUCCAACUAAAGGUCCGUGGCUGUUUGCGGUAUAUUGUCAAAGUUCUUCAUGCCCACUUGUCCCACGAUGGACCAACAACACUGGUUCCCUGGUUUAAAUUCUUUAACCAGUACUAACGAAAAUCUCACCAGAGAAAACAUGACAGUAGACCAAGUUUUGCCAGCUGCUGUAAUUACUGUAAUAAUAAGCAGCAUCACUUGAUGGUCCUUUUUGAUUUUAUGGUGACAGAAUGGUAGUAGCCAAGCCUAAAAGCGGAGCUCUUGUUAAAUUCUCCACUCGCUAUAAGGCUUUUUUGCGGUGAAUCUCACGAGGAUGACUUUUGCUAAUUUUACAAGGGAGUGACGAGAGGGGUCUGCAUUCGCAGGAUCGCCUGGCCUUAGAGAGAACACUGUGUAUGAAAACGAAGUUCCUUUCCUGCGGAGAAUGUUCCUGUCCGAGUAGCAACAAUGGUUCAGUAGACGUUCUCCUCUUUCGACCGCACUCCCCCCCCCCCCAAAAGGGUUUUUGCUACGUUCAAAAAUUGGCUCAUCACAGUAUGAAUGUAACAAAGUAAAUAUGAUUUGUAACUAAACGAACCAAGUUGUUUGAAGGUGGAAGGCAUCUUUCAAAGUGAAAAAACUGAACUUAAAGUAACAAUGGAAUGUUAGUUAAGCCUAUCCUUAGCAUUAUAAACAGAAAUACUGAAGUUAACCAGAAAAAUAUAUUAUUCUUAGGUAUAGAAGUAUUCACAAACGAAAAAGAUUCAGAAGUUUUGUAUAUUUGUGGCUGUUGCGUGCCCGUAUAAAAAUUAAUUGAUUAAAAUUUCCCGCCAUUUUAAAUUUAGCAUGUAAACAAAUAUCCGUCUACCGCAAAACAAGUUUUAACUUGGUAAAACACCUUUAGAGAACGAAAAUGUACAGUACCAUCAAACUUGAUUCCUGGAUUAUGCUGACACAAGCCUUACAUAUUUAAAUAGCUACAAACUAAUAGCUACUUAUUCUUUAGUUGUACGGAAGGAAAUUUAAAGCUUACGCAAGUACUACUGCCACUACCGUAAGAUGAAGUGGAAACAGGAUGAAGCCUUUCACGCCAUUACAUUUAAAUUUCAACUUUUGAGUGUGAGCGUCCAAUAUGAUAAAAUCGAUUCUAAUUCAAGUGAUUGAUCUAUUCCCCGGCCGACUAUAUAUAUAUGAAUAAAGAGAACUGAGAUAUAUAGCUGCUUUAUUUUAUUUUUUUUUAACUUUGUUUUUUUUUAUUCUAGCCAGUGAUGUUGGCCAUCUUGAUAAAAAUAUGGGCAUCACGGAAAGAUUUACGGCUCAAAACCAGACCUUUAUCUCUUGUGCUAAUUCUUCAACGGGCGAAAAGAAAUGCUCUCAAGGUUUAUUUUUUCAUCUAGUCAGUUAUGAGAGAGCCAUUUAUAAGACCCUGUUUACAUGGAGUGGGGGACCCCGGUCUAGUGGGGUAAGAUUCUUUUGUUUUGUGUCCCCCAGAGCGUGAAAACAAAAGAAACCAACCCCACUAGACCGGGGCCCCCCACUCCAUGUAAACAGGCCCUAAGGCAUUACCCGUGAUUAAAUUCAAUUGCUGAAUAACGAUUGCGUCAAAAAUAAUGAAAACAUCGCAUUAGCCAAGCCUGAGCCUCAAGAUUAUCAAUAGAAGUUUUGUAUUCAUUCAUACUCUAAGAACCACCGCAAAAUAAAAGAGGCAGAGAAUUUGAUUUUAAGCGCAUAUUUUUUAGGAUAAAAUUUAUUAGUUAGUAUAUGUAUUAUUUUGAUCAUGAAAUUAUGAUGAAAAGUGGCAUGCCUACAUAUUAUUAAAUACAUUGUUUAUUUUCGUCAUGCAAAGAUUUGCGGCAAAACUAGUUAUAAUAUAUUGCUUUUAGGAAGAGACAUUUAUUGGAGGUGAAAAAAAAUGAACUAAUGAAUGCUUCACUUUUAAAAUAAGUGGGUAUUUUUUGUCUCAAAAUACAUGAAUACUCUCAUAGUUAAUAAGUUGGUCAGCUUUGAAGAGUUGCCUAAUUUUGUCCAAAAUUUAGUCUUGAUACAUUGGGUUAUAAUAACGUUUGUGACAAAAGUAUAGAUUAAUUUGCCUUGUGGCGGUGUAUUAAUUUGCAUUAGAGAGAGAAACUUAAAAAUAUCACGGCAGUACUUAGCUAUUACAUGGAUAAAAGCAGGUUUGCGGAAGAAAGGGCUGUAUGAUUGUUUCGCUAUAUUUUUCUGUGGGGCCGAAUGUGGGUUAGUGAGAAAGACUGAUUCGUCAUAAGAAACGAUUCCUGCUGAAUUCAAACCCGGAGUUACUACAAAACUAGACCGAUUUUAUGCCAGUUUUACCUGUGCCCUGUAAUUCAUCUCGGCGAUGCCAUUAAUAUCCGGUCCCCUCAUACAAAAGUAGCUUUUCGCAGUGGGUAAAAUGUAGGUUGUAGGAACCCUGGCAAUACUCCAUCGGUAGUUAAGUAGAAAGAUAGGCCCAAUGAUCCGUAGCGUGCAGAAAAUAGCGUUGCUGCACGAUUUGGCCAACAGAUCGCGUCGACAAAUAAUGCAGUAUUAGAAAGUAAACUUUCACUUUAAUAAUAGUCUUAGAAACAACUGCUUCUAAUUAAUUUUACUUAUUUAAUUAUUCAACCUUUUCGCCAAUACAAAGUCUACCGAAUUGUAUCUCUCGUUUACUUAUUUCCUUGCACUGUUGUCGACGAUCAGAUCUCGAUUCGACAUUUUCCUUGCUAACCCAAUUGCUUGCGAGGAGUUCCACGAAUUAGAUGAACUAUUUAGAAUUGCUACUGUGUUUUUAUUUAAUUUUUUAAAACAGGUCAUUUUAUCAGUUUCCUCAUUGUUUCUUUUGCGGUACGGUUUCUUUUUGGUCCUGAAUUAAAAUAUCCAUCAGAGUUACCUUCAUGAAAAAAUAAAAAUAGAUCUGUUUGACCCCCUUUAGAUAAAAGUGGCAAAUCAGACUUUCUAUAACUCGUGUAAUUUCAUUAGGGGAAUUUCAUUAUAGCAGAUUACUUAGUAGGAACUUUCUUCAUAAAGCCAUAAAAUUCGCUGCUUUUUUUCUAUCGUUUGACUCCUAAUUCGUCCUAAUGUAAUACAUUAUCUUGCGUGCGGCAAGGAUUUGCACAAGUAUAAAAGACAAAUUAAAAAGAAACAAAACUUCAAUGCUUUCCAUGUCAAUUACACAAAAUUGUAUAUCUUUUUUAAAAAUUUCUGGCUAGUCAGUUAGUUAUAAACUAAAAAUUAAUUUUAAACUACAUAUCGCCUCAAAGGGUCGAUUUUUUAAAUUUAAAAAAAAUUCCCCAUAAAUAUUUCUUUUAAAGCUCAGCACUUUCCAUGUUGUAUUAAACUGUAUGUUUCUUACGCCGGACAGAAAUCAUUACUUCGUGGCAGAAUAACUAUGAGAAUUAACCACUUGAUUAUGUUGAGGUUAUUUUUAUUUGAUAUUAUUGUUUUUGCGGAGUUAAUUAUCCUCUAUAUUAAAAUGUCUGGGAAAAUUAACACAAAGACCAACUGCUAGAAAGCCAAAAUGUCUUAUAAAAUGAGUUAUGUCUCGAGACUGCACUUUUGACGCAGCAGAUAUAAGGUCACUGGCAAAGUCGCACAUUUCGAGUUUUAAUCCCUCUCGUCUCUUGAUGGCCAACAUCACUAGUUUCGAUUCUACAAACAUAACUAGCAAACAUGAAGACACCACCGAAGGCGGCUCGUUAAAAAAUGAUCAUUAUGAAGUGGAUGUCGCUACUUUGAUCAUAAACAGCAUCGCUUGUCCUUUUACAGUUCUCCUUAAUGUGUUGGUGAUAAUGGCUGUCAAAAGAAGACGACGACUUCAGACCAAAAGCAACAUCUUGCUGGCCUGUCUAGCCGCAACUGACGCCUUAACUGGUGUAAUAACGCAACCAGCCUUUAUUCUAUGGAAAACGUUUGAGAUAACUGGUGCGCUCAACUACAACCCAGCACGCGUGAUCCACGGUUCGGCACUUCGCGCCCUUUCUGUUUGCUCCUGUCUUCAUCUUACGCUAGUGACUGCUGAGAGACUUGUAGCGAUCAAGUUUACAAUGAAUUACCUAUAUAUUGUAAGUGAAGAAAAAUUAAGGUAG